AUGUGCUCUGGAGGCAAAGGAGAAGAAGACGACGCGGCGCCAAGGCCCGCUCAGCAGCAGGCACAGCGUCCAGGCCACGUCAAGGUCCCUUUGCUGAUGGCCUCGUCCUCACCAGCCGCAUCGUCAUCGUCAUCGUCACACCAGCAAACCUACGCACCACCGUCGGGACCUCCCCCCUCUUACCACCGCCAGCAACACGCUCCUCCCGCACGACCACCGCCCAGCCAGCAGCACGGCGCCGCAUCACCCGCCUCGGGCCAGGGCGAGGAUUGGGCGGUCCCCCCUCCGCCAGAGGCCCCCUCGUCCCGGGUCAAGCCCCAGCACGACUGGGAAGCCGCCGUGCCCGACACGUCUCUUCUCCCUCCCCCGCCAGACAUCUUCAGCGGACACGACUCCUCGCCCGUCAACAAUGCUUCCGAGGCGGAAGCCGAAGCCGGAGAGGCCUGGUGUGCGCGGCGCCCCCUCGGCCGGCCCGUCCAUCUCGACGCCGCCUCCAAGACGGCCCUCGACGAGAACGACCUCGACCUCCGGAAGCCCGACGGCUUCGCCGGCAAGCUCAGCCGCUCACGCCCCGGGCACUGGAGCGUCUCCAUACAAAAGGGGGCCUCGUACAAAUGCAUCAUCGGCCACCCGCCCGUGUACCUCGCGCGCUGCGGCCGCGGCCAGCCCAAGACCAUCUACUACGAGGUCAAGCUCGGCCCGGGCAGCAAGAGCGCCAACGUGGCCGUGGGCUUCGCCGCCCUGCCCUACCCGACGUCGUUCCGCCUCCCGGGCUGGCACCGCGGCAGCCUGGCCGUGCACGGCGACGACGGCCGCAAGUACGUCAACGACCGAUGGGGCGGCAAGGACUUCACCCGCCCCUUUGUCGCGGGCGAGACGCUGGGCGUCGGAAUGACCUUCACGCCGAUGGCGAUGGCGACGGCGACGGGCACGCCGCGCCCACCACACGUGUCCGUGUCCGUCUUCCUCACCAGGGACGGCGUCCGCGCAGGCGCCUGGGACCUGCACGAGGAGACCGACUCCAAGCAGGACCUGCCGGUGACGGGGCUCGAGGGAUUCCACGACCUCUGCUGUGCCGUUGGCGUGUUCGACGGCGCCGAGCUUGACGUCGUUUUUGAUCCUGCCAGGUGGAAGUACCGUGUGUAG